UAUUUACAUAAUUAAACAAAGUGCAACCAAAAAAAUAUAAUAAAAACAAUUCUGUAAAGAAACAGUAUAAAGAAAACAUCGCUUGCACGUGAAUUUAUUUCGGGCAUCAGUGUGACGCGAUCAGUUCGAGUCCCUCAUUGGCUCUUUUUGUCUUGUGCCGCCCAAUGAACCACCGAGUGUUUUUCUACGUCACAUUUCCAGACAUCCAAUCAGAUGCCUUGUUCUCAGCUCAAAACGCUGCCGAUUGGCGAGUGCUGCGGUUUGAAAAUCCGUGCAUGAAGACAGUUAACGGACAAUAAUAACUCAUGUGCAGUUUUUAAGCUUUGUGGAGUCAGAAGUGAUGGCACUGCAUCCAUCCAAGGAAGAUGCCCUUCUGACGUGGCUCAACGGCCUGCAGCUGGACGAACCGGUGCAGCGAAUCACACAGCUUCAGGAUGGAAUCCUGCUGCUCAAACUCGUCUAUAAACUAGGGAAAUAUAUUUGCUUUUCAUGGAGCGCCUGUUCACCGAUUGGUUGUUGUAGAAAAGGGGAGGAUCCAAGCCAGACUCCUGUUCACCUCCCUCAAGCAGAAAGGCUGUCAAUCAUCUCUGACUUCCUCCACAGUGUGUGUCCUGUUGAGUGUGUCGUCCUCACACUGGCCAAGGGAAGGAUGCUGGAGUUGGAGCUCACCAAGGUUGUACUGCUCCUGUGUUACUAUGGAGUUGUUAACAACAGUCUGGUGCCCAAAGUGGGGUUUGAAACUGAGCUGCAGAUGGCGACCAUGUUGCGUUACGUUCGGCAAGAAGCGAGUGGUCUGUGUCUGCGUGAAGGUCUGGACAAACUCCUUGCCACGAGCUCGCUGAUCUACACCUCGUCCGUGAGCAGUACGUCCUCCGUCAGCGAGGACGGUUCGCCCUUUUUCCCCCGGGCACGCAGCUCUCCGUUCGUCAACUUUGUGGAGCUGGACACUGUGGCCUCCAGCUCGUUUGUCGGCUCACCUCUACAGGAGCUGAUGAGCACGCCUCAGGUGCAGGUGAAGCGGCUGCGUAAGGAGUUGGCGCACGAAGGAGACGUGCGAGACGAGCUGGAGCGAGAGCUGGCCGAGCGAAUCGCUCUCCUCUCGGAUAAAGAGGGGCAGAUGAGUCAGCUUCAGCACAGGCUGCAGCGCUUGCAGAGGGAUCAGGAGGAGAUGGAGAAGGAACACAAAGCUACACUGACCGAGCUGCAGCAGAAGAACGAAGGGCUCCUCGCACGAGUACACGAGGUCUUAAAGCAGUGUCGAGACCUUAAAACAGACAACAGCCAGAAAGAAAGACGGCUCGACGAGCUGAUGGAGGAGAACGGAACUCUCGCCGCACAGGCGAGGAACGCCUUCGCCCAGCUCGCAAGGGCCGAGGAGGAAGUCGCUAAAAUAACAGAAGCUCACAAUUCAUCCCAGACCGAGUGGGGGAACAGGAGGGACUUGCUGCAGAGAGAGCUAAGCCAGGCCAUCACUGACAGGGAAUGUCUUUCUGAGCAAAUUCAGAUCUCACAAGGAAAGAUCUCCGUCUUGGAGGACGAACUCGCCAAACUUUCCCAGCAGCCCCAAGAAAAAGGUGAAGUCCUGGGGCCGAUUGUAGAGCAGGAGAAACUGAAGCAGGAACUCACAGACUUGACUCAAAAACUUUCCAAACUUGAAGAAACCAUUUCCCUCCUCGAGAAGGAGAAGAUGUCACUCGGAGCACUAUUAGCGGAAGACAGAAGCUCCUUCGAAAAGGAAACCCUGCGCUUGGAGGGACGCAUUUCAGAUCUUCAGCAGUCGAUAAAGAACAUGCAAGCAGAGAAAGAUGCUCAGGAACAAGCCUCAAGGACCACACAAGAAACUCUUACCUCCCAGAUAGCAGCUUUGGAGACCGAUCUGGCACAUCUUCAGCAGCUUGAGGUUCAUCUAACGGCAGAGAUCGCUACAUCCGCAGAACUGCGCCAGCAACGUGGGAUGCUGGAGGCUAAAGUCACCUCCUUGGAGGAUAUGGUUAAUAUGCUGCAAUCCACGUGCCAGAACAUGGAGGCAGAAAAUGCAACACAGCAGGAAGUUCUUAAUGCCGUCAGGGCCGACCUGCAAAACGCCCAGAUUUCUCUCGUGGAAUAUGAAAAAAGGUUGGCAGACCAUCAAAAAGUGGUAGAAGAGAACGCUUCGCUCCGAGCCAGAAUCUCUGCGCUGGACGAUACCAUCGCAGAUCUGCAAACCGAGAUCGACGCACAGAGAAAGAGAGGCGACGAGCUUCUCACAGCAAACGAGCAGCAGAAAGCUUUGAUGGAGGAAAAGUUUCUAAAGCAGGAGCAAAAAGCGCACGAGAUGUUUGCUGAGCUAGAGACUCUCAGCCAAGAGCUUCGCAGAAUGAAGCAUCAGAAGCUUGAAGCCGAGUCGUGCAUCGAGAGGUUAGCCCAAGAAGGAGCGGACCUUAAAGCAAGUCUGGCAGAAGAGCAAGAUCGAGGCCAGUCGCAACUGAUUCUAGUAACCAAGGCCAAAGAGGAGAGGGAGAUGGAACUGCAGCAAAUUAUUACAGAUCAUCAAAACAAAAUAUCAGAGUUACAAACGAAGAUCGAGGGAACUGUAGAAUCGCUGAAGCAGAGCGAAUCUGAACUAACGGCGCUGAAAGAAAAAACUAUCUCUAAAGACGGAGAACUCCGCAUACAGCAAAAGGAACUGUCCGACCUUCAAUACAAGGCAGACGAUCUGCAAAGACAGCUCUCGGAGGUAGAAGGACUUUCACAACAUUUGAGUCAGGACGUGGUCUCCAAAGACAGGGAAGUUCAACACGUCAAGGCAGAGCUUGAACAGAGGGAAGAAGAGAUCCAGACCCUUAAGGUCAAUCUUCAGUCUCUCGAAGCGAAGUCCGGCGAAACGCGUGAACUUCACCAGAAGGAAAUGGAAAAGCAGAUGCUCGCCAUCAUGGAGCUGAAGCUACAACUUUCCGAAGCUGAGAAACUCAUCUCGGAGAAAGUUCAAUCUCUGCAAGCUCUCGCCCAGGAGUUGAAGGGUUUAAAGGAAGAGCUUUCCAUCGAAAGGCAGAGUCUCGUUACGUUGGAAAUUAGUUUCAAGGCUUCAAAAGAGGCCCAUGAAGUCAAGGAGCAGACUCUGAGACUGGAGGUUACUCAACUGCAGCAGGAGAUCGAUGGACAUUUGAAGAAGUUGGAGGAGUCAUUAAACGAGAGUAAAUCCCUCAAAGAGGAAUUGUCACGGCAACAGGAUCUCGCGUUCCAGAGAGAAAGUGAGGUUUCUGUUUUAGCAGCACAAAACAGAUCUCUGGAGGAAGACUUUGCUCAACUUCAGAAUAAGUUAUCAGAGGCCAUAACGCUAGCUACAGAACGGCAAACCGACUCACUCAAGCUUCAAGAGGAGGUCCAGCGUCAAGAGAACCUCAGAGCAAAAGUUCAGGAAGUCGAGGAGACUCAACGUAAAGAGCUUCAAAGAGAAGUCACCGAACUUCAGGCUCGAGUUCAGAAGCUUACCAGUCUUGCUUCCGAGAGAGAAACACAGCUCGGUGCUCUUAACGAAAAGAUGAAAGAACAAGAAGAAUACAAUCGGAAACUCCUUCAAAAAUCCGACGAGGCCCUUCAGAAAGAACUCGAGAACGUUGUAGACUUGAAGGGGCAGCUCGAGUCUGCCAAGAGUCAGACUGCAGCGAAAAACGAACUUUUGGAGUCAACAGAAGAAAAGCUGAAACAAAUGGAGCUUGUGUACCAACAGAAAGUAUCCCUCAUUAGUGAAACCUGUCAGGCCAAGGAAGCUUUAGAAAGAAGAGUGAAUGAGCUUUGCAGUAAGCAGGAGCAAGAUCUGGAAACGUUCCAGCAAGGUCUAGAAACCUUGGAAAGGGAAAAGGAACAUCUGUCUUUGAUGAAUGAAUCUCUCCAGAGUGAAUGCCUGGCCUUGCAGACAAGGAGCAAGGAGCAACAGGAUACGUUAAACGCUUUUAAGGCUGACCUGCAAAGCACUCAAGAUGGAUACGAGAGAGAUUUAGAAGCCCUGAAGAAGGAGAAGGAACAUCUCCAGGAUAAGUGUCGGAGCUUGCAGACCGAGAACAAGGGGCAGGAAGAGGCCCUGAAUACUCUGACGGCUGAUCUUCAGAAAACUCAAGAUAGGUAUCAGAAAGAUGUAGAGAUCAUGAAAAAAGAGAACGAUCAUCUGUCUUCAGUAAACCAGUCUCUCCAGAUCGAUUUGCAGAGCUCACAGACAGAGAAUAAAAGUCAACACAAAGCCAUGGACUCCCUAAAGGCUGAACUCCACAACACAGAAAAUAGGUUCCAGCAAGAGGUCGAAACACUGAAGAAGGAACAGGAACAACUUUCCACAGUGAACCAGACCCUUCAGACUGAGUGUCAGACCUUGCAGACAGAGAACCAAAAGCAACAGGAGAUACUAAAUGCACUAAAGAUGGACCUACAAAAUGCCCAAGAGGGGUUCCAGCAAGAGUUAGGAAACUUGAUGAAGGAGAAGGACCAUUUCAGCUCAGUUAGUCAGUCCCUCGAGUUUGAGUGUCAGAAAUUACAGACAGCGAAUAAGAUGAAGCUGGAGGAACUAAAUGCCCUAAAAGCUGACCUCCAGAACAUGCAAAAUGACCAUCAGCAAGAGAUGGAAUCAUUAAAGAAUGAGAAGGACCAUCUCGCUUCAGUGACCCAGUCCCUCCAGAGCAAGUGCCAAACCUUGCAGGCAAAGGAAACAAGGCAACAGGAGGAGUUUGGUGCCCUCAAGGCUGACCUGCAAGAAAACAAAGAUAAAUUUGAAAAAGAUCUGGAGAUCUUGAAGAAUGAGAGAGAUCAACUUUCUUCAGUGAACCAGUCCCUCCAGACUGAGUGCCAAACCUUGAAAACGGAGAACAAGGAACAACAGGAGACACUAAAUGCUCUCAAAGCAAACCUGCAGAACAUCAAAGAUGCGUAUCGCCAAGAAUUAGAAACUUUGAAGAAUGAACAGGAAAAUCUCUGUUGUGUGAACCAGACUCUUCAGAGUGAGUGCAAGACCCUGCAGGCUGAAAAAACAGGGCAGGAGCAGGCGCUGAAUGCCCUCAAGGCGGACAUGCAAGAAAGAGAAAGUAAAUAUGGAAAAGACAUGGAAAUCUUGAGGAACGAGAAGGAACAGCUUGCCUUAGUGAACCAGAACCUCCAGAGUGAGUGCCAGAACCUACAGGCAUUAAGAACUGGGCAAGAAGAGGAGCUGAAUGCCCUCAAGGCGGACAUGCAAGAAAGCAAAAAUAAAUACGGACAAGACCUGGAAACUCUGAGGAACGAGAAGGAACAGCUUGCCUCAGUGAACCAGAACCUCCAUGCAGAGAAAAUGGUGCGACAGGAGGAGUUGGAUGCAUUAAAGGCUGAUCUGCAAGAGAACAAAGAUAAAUUCAACAAAGAUUUAGAGACUUUAAAGAACGAGAGAGAUCAUCUUGCCUCAGUGAACCAGUCCCUUCUUAAAGAUCUCGAGGCAGCCCAGAAAGUUGGAGCAGAACUGGUCUCAGUCAAAGAAGUCGCUCGACAGGUUGAACACGAGCUUGAAAAUCAAGUAAAGGAACUGCAGGCGAAGAUUAAAGAAAUUUCAUCACUGGCAGAUGAAAGAGAGGCUGAAAUAAGAAAUCUUCACUCGGAAGUAAAGCAGCAAGAAGCUUCAAGGCUCCGUGCCGAUGAAUCCGAGAAGGCUUCAAGAGCUGAACUGGAGGCAAAGGUUGUUCAACUUCAAGUCCAGUGCGAAGAAGCCUGUAAACGUUCAUCUGAGAGAGAUUCAGAGCUGAGUCUGCUUCGAGAUCAGUAUAACGAGUCUGAGAAGCAGAAGCAAGAUGCCUGUCAGGCUAACCAAGUCUUGGAGAACACCGUUUCUGAGCUGCGCCUCAAGCAAAAACAAGAGACUGAGGAAUACCUUCAGCAACUGGACGCCUUGGCGAAGGAGAAAGAUGCGCUUACAACAACCCUUCGGACGGACAGGAAGGCACAGCAGGAGGCUCUGGAUGACCUUCAGAGUGCUUUGCAGCAGGAAGUGAAGACCUUGCAAAAAGAAAAGGAGCAUCUGUCUUUCAUUAAUCAGUCACUUCAGAGGGAGUGUGAUGCCUCCCAGAGACUUGGAGUAGAGUUGGAAGUGAAGCUGAAAGGGCAGACCGAAUCCUUCAGGGCUAUAAAAGAGGCUCUCCAAAAGAAAGAGAUGCAGAACCAAGAACUUCUGGAGCAGCUCGAGGCGAAGGCUGAAAAGGUGGAGCACUACAAAGUCCAGGUAGAAAAAGCAAAAACUCAUUACAACGGUAAAAAACAGGAACUCCUGGAGGAGCAGAAAGCAUGUCAGACCCUUCAGGCCUCUUUGGAAACGAGUGAGAGUGAAGGAAAAGCCUUGAAGGCUGAGCUUAAAGUGGUCUCCAUGGAGCUGGAGAAUAUCAAGGCAUCAGAGAAGAAAUUGAUGGCACAAAUAAAGAGCCUGGAGACUCAGUUGGCUUAUGCAGAUCAGAAGUUAAGAGAACAGAGAAAGCAGGGAGAACAAAGUGUCCAGGUGCAACACAGAGAAAAUCCCAGAAGUCAACAGGCCAUCAACGGUAGUUCGGACAGCCUGGAGCUCAACCUGGACGAUUCUUUGAAUGCUGUUGGCAGUAAACAGUCCGUACCUGGUGAGUCUAGCACUCCUUUGGUCCGAAGUUCAGAGCGACUAGCAGCAAAAAGGCGCACACAAGGCGAAGGCUCACUAGAGACCCUGUACUUCACUCCCAUGAUGCAAGAAAGGGGCAAGAAACGUGAAGGCGCCUCCCAGGACCACAAGCUAGAAAGCAGCAUCAGUUCACUCGGAGAGCUAACUCUUGAUUCGGCGAGGAAGCCGAGCUCUUCGGUCCGGAGGCGACGCACAACGCAAGUCAUCAACAUCACUAUGACCAAGAAAACUCCUCUCGGUGGCGGCGGUGCUGCAGAAGCUGACGAGUCUUUCUUCAGCCUGCACCCGGCUCAGUCGCAGCCCAAUCUGGCCUCACACAAAGCUCGCCCCAUGUCUGCAGAGAUCUUCGAGGAUCCCAACAAACUUCUCAGCCUUCCUGGGUAUCGCCGCAGCAAUGCGCAUGUCGGCGUCCUUCCACGAGCCCCGAGCACGUUCUGUAUAGGAUCCGAAUACGAGCCGGACCACUUCUCUGAUGACUGGAUGAGGAUCGCAGAGCUACAGUCACGGAAUAAAUCCUGUUUACCUCAUCUGAAGAGCAGCUACCCGUUGGAGUCCAGGCCCAGCCUGGGUUUCUCGCACCUCCCUGUGACUGACGAGGAGGUUCGUACCGGCGACCCCACCGAGACCAUUCGCCGUGCCUCAACCAUCCCGUCUCAGCUCAAGGACUCCAUUGCUAAUCACCGCCUUUCUCUGGCUCCACCUGCUGCAGCUUCUCAUCGCUUCUCACUGGCUCCACCUGCUGCAGCUGCUCACAGCCACGCCCCCUCGCAGCGGGCACCCCCGGUUGCCAAAGCACGGGAAGUGCGAUCCACACGCAGCCCGCUGGCCCCUAAACGGCCUGCGGGGCAAGUUCAAGACCUUGACACACCUGAGGCAAAGAAGUUAGCCAGCUGCUUCCCUCGAACUCCUAAAGGCAGAAACCUUCGAUCUACCAACUCGCAGAACAUCGCACCCUCUCCGGCUGAUCGGAGGCAGUCCAUGGCAUUCAUGAUCGAUAAUACUCCUAAAAAAGCUGGACGUGGUGACCGCAGGCUACAUCAGCGGGCCCUCAACAAACUCCGCAAAUCCCCACGCACGGCCAGCACGAAGUCACCAAAGGUCAUCAGCAGUGCAAAGAAGAACCCAACCUUUGGCGGUUUGCUCUGAUUAAACAGUUAAUAAAGUCGAAGAUGAGGAUGAAGAUGUGAGACCGCACUCUUCCUCGUCCUCUAAACAACGUGCAAUAGAAACAAUGUCAGGAUAUUUUAAGAAUGUUUUAAUCCUGAAUGUUUGGUUGUGGAUUUUUCGAUCUCUCUCUCUCUCCCUCCCUCCCCCCACCUGGCAUUCUAUUAUUUUCUAUAUAUUGAAUCAGAGGACUUGAAGCUUCAUGGCACUUACUGCUCUCCUCUCACUGCCUGCUUUUUUCACUUUGUGUGUUUGAGUGUUAUUGCAGAGACCAAAGAUGAUGUUUUGGAAAAAUCACUACAUUUCUUUUUUUUUUCCUUUCUGUCGUCAAAAUCUAUUGCCUUAUCGACUGCUGGGUUUUUUUUUUUAAUCCUGUGUCCCAAAGGAAGGAACAGACCUCACUGCUUACAUAAGGCAGCCUCUGACCACGGUCUCUUCCACCAUGUGUCUCAUGGUACAUUGUAAUCUUGAUUAUCGGUACAUCGUUAGAUUUACCAGCAGCUUUAAAUUGUGAGCUGGUGUUUACGUACCGAAUAAUGCCGUGUUCGGUGAACAGGCUCGCACGAGUUUGAUUAUUCUAUCACAGUUAUUACCACAGGGCUGUACAUAUUCAAUAAAAUUUUGUAUGUCUUCUUUCCGUGUGCAUUUUUAAAUGAUUCCAGUUUUCCUGUUCGAUCAAAACAUAUAUGUAUAAAUUGUGCCUUUUUCUAUUUCAUCCGUUAUUUUUAAACGUUUGUCCUUACGUUUUUCUAUUCUUUGCUUCAUUUUCACUUUUAAUUUUUCAUAUGCAGAAAUUAAACUCAGCCAAGUGACUCA